AUGCAAUUCGAAGAAAGAACUGAGAAAGUACUUAUCACAGAUGGUCCUGAUUUACCUGCUCUUCAAUCAUUGUCACUGACUGAAGAUCCUCAAAUACAACGAACUCGCAAAAUUCUUUUAAUCAUACUUGGUGUCUUAUUUGCUCUUUCUGUUGUUGGUAUGCUAACUACAGCUUCCGAAAAUAGAAUAUGGAAUGGUAUACAAGAAACUUCUCGUGGUGUGUCAGUUGGUGAAUAUCUUAUUGUAGUUCUUCUCUACGGUUUUGGUAUAUUUGUCGCUUAUCGAUAUCAUGCAAUAGGUUUACAAGUGUUUGCUUGUCUGGAAAUAAUAUCACUUGCAAUGGUUGGUAUUACUAUUAUAAUAGCUUUCUUUUGGGGUCUAUCACCUUCAACUAGCGAGAAAUUUGCUUAUGAUCGUCAUAGGAGUGGUUAUAUGAAAGGUGCAUCAUCAAUUAUUUGGAUGAGUCUUCCAUUUGCAAUUGCUGUUUGCGUGCUGGAUGUAAGUCGUUUACUUCUAUUGAUGUCAUAUUUAUUCUAA